UCGCUUCACCCGAAUAGAAAUCAGUGCGAGGAUAAUGAGCGCCGCCUCCGCAGCUGCAGCAGCUCGGCCCUACCUGUCCUCCGCUUCUCCUUAAGAGUGGAGGUGAGGCAGCGGCUCUGACGGCGUUCAUUUUGACUCCUAGUUCCCAAUGGAGGCAGCGGUGUUAAGCCAUGCCAUAAUGACGGAGGUGGACUGCAACAGCAACACCGUGAACGCAGAGCUGGAGGUGAAGAAGCUGCAGGAGCUGGUCCGCAAACUGGAGCGGCAGAACGAGCAGCUGCGGACCCGAGCCAGUAGCUGCUCGGGCGGCCCGCACGGGACGUCUCCAACCCCGGCGUGCAUGCUCGGCACCACCGGGGGGUACUGCCUCCCCAGCCCGCUGCCCACCCUCAUGUGUCAGGCGUCCUUGGAGGAUCCUUUCGAGUAUUUCCACCGGGCUGCAGCGGAGGAGGAGGAGGAGGAGGAGGAGGACGGAUCCGAGCCGUCGGUUCUGGAUGAGCUGGAACUUUUGGAUUUCGAUGCUCUGUGCUGCUCGGACCAAUCUGAUGAAACAUGGUUGUAUGUUCCAUCAAAAGCCAGAGUCUCCAGAGACGACACCGUCACAUCUCUGCAGUGGUGCCGGCAGGUUCUGGACAGUCCCAAAUCAGAGGUGGAGGCCGCCAGAAGAUCGCUGUCCCUCCGCCUGGAACAAGUGGGAGAACGGGAGAGCCGUUGCCAUGGAAACCGUUUACAUGAAAGGAAUGCACCCUUCUCCUUUGUAGCGUUUCGGCGACUUAUAUUCACAACGACGGGUAGCAUCUCCAGGUGGCGUAGCUCCCUGUCCAGCCCCUCUCCCACCUCCUCCCCCGGCCCUCCUUUGAGUCGAGUGGCCGGAGUGUCACCCAUGAGUUCCUCCCCUUCAUCCAAACCCUGCUCCACUCCGCAGUCAUCUGAACGACAUGCUCCAUCCCUCUCCUCCCCGCUCCACCCGGUCCUCCAUCGGACGCUGAGUCCUGUAGGGAAGGAUCUCUCCCCGUUAUCUGAGAGGACUCCCACGUUCCUCCCCGCCAACCGCAGCCGCAUCCUCCGGCACUCCGCCCUCAGUCCCCAGUCAUCCAUGGACAGCGACCUCGGUGCUUCAGUGCUGGACGACGACGACUCCAUCACUCUGGGAUACAAACUGCAAGACCUCACAGACGUCCAGGUUAUGGCCCGACUGCAGGAGGAGAGUCUAAGACAGGACUACGCCAGCACGUCCUCCAUCCUAGCCAACCGCCGCAGCCAGAGCUUCAGCUUCCAGCUCAGCCAGCUCAGCCAGCUCAGCGCCGGCCCCGACCUGGACGAGGAAGACGAGGAGGACGACGAAGACUACGGCCUCCUGCCCCCGCCGCAGCCGCGCCUCACCCGCCUGCCGCACUCCCACACCUUCUCCAGCAUCCGAGACUGGCGAAGAAGCACCAGUUCCCUGUCCACCCCACCUUCCACCCCCUCAACUCCGCCAUACCCUUGCGCUGGGUUCGCCUUUCAACCUCAGCUCCAGUCCCAGCACCAGGGACUGGGACUGGGCAGCCUCUGCGCAGUCGAGCAGCUUGGCUUCAGACCAGGAUCAGCCGAAUAUGAGAAUAAGCUGCGACGGAGCAUGCCUAACCUUGUCAGAGCUCCCAGCAUGCCUAGUGUGCCCAGUCCAACCAAUCCUAGCGCUUCCCCUUCUUUGCUUCGUAACAGCUUAAGUUUUGAUUCGUCCAGUGGGCUGGCUCGACUGCAGUCUUCCAUCCCCUCCCCAGGCCAGCUGCAGAACAGGGUCCAGAGCGUCGGGAACUUCUCCUCAUUGUCACGGCAACCACUGAAGGCCACCGCCUACGUCAGUCCCACCAUCAAGGGCUCAGCCUCCAUGCCGACCCCCACCAGUUUACAGUGUCUGAAUAGCAGUGGCAUCCCUAUGCUGAGUAAACCUCCAGGUGGAGGAGGGACGCCUGCCUCCGCCCCAAACACGCCCCGCAGCAGCCUGCCCCGCCCGGCCUCCUUUGUCGGCACCCAAAGCUCCACCCCCCGGAGCAAAGCGGGCCAACCAUCACGAAGUUUACUGACGCCUCCAAAGAGCUUGUCCACCCUCAGUGCCCUUCGUGACAGCAACUGGAGAGACGGCUGCUACUGAUGAAUGGAUGAAUGGUGCAGUAGUGUGUGGUGGAAGCCCCGCUGGCUGGGGUAACUCACUACACCUCAAAAUAAACCUUUUUCCUUGGGGACAUUUGAAUGAAUUUGACCAAAAAGUAACUGUAACCUUAGAUCCUGCAUAGAAUAGUUUCAACAUUAUCAAAAAAGGGCCACAGCUGAACUGAACUCCCAUGUCAUCCAUACAAUUCUAUGCAGAAUUUCUUCUCGGGAGGCCUGACUUUACUGACAGGUUGACACUCUGGUCCGUGCCAAGAGGGAGUUGUUCCCUGUUGCCCUUGUGCAAUAAACCACUGGCUGUGGGGUACUAGUAAUACUAACCUGCUGAACAGGGCUGCCAGUUUUUAAUGAAAUAAGCCUCACAAUACUGUAUGUAUUUAUAUAUUUAUUUUAAAUUAAUUUUUCUUUUUUUUUUUACUAAUCAGGUGUUUUCCCUGUGGCAACAAGCGCCAAUGAUGCUGCUAAAAAUGAGUCAGUUCCUGUUGGAUUUGGGCACAUUUGGUCAAAUUUUUACAAGACAUGAAAGUACGGAUUUGUGUACAGUUAACUAUUAAGCGUGCUAAUUAUAAAAUUAUUUAUAUAAUUAUAUAUUGAAUUAACUGAAUUUUAAAUGUGACCAAAAGUAAAAUGCCUGUGUGCGUUUACAAAAUUGUCUCACCAUAAAAGCUGUGCAUAUUAACACUGUUCUUGUUGCACUUUGUGUAUAUAUCUCUGAACUCACUGAUAUUUGUAUGUUCUGUUUACUAAUGUUUGCACUUUUCUUUACAUCUGGAUUUAGGGGGAGAUUUCACAGUUGUUCACGGCAUAAUGUAGCACCCGUGUUUGUUAUAUUGUUUUUAAAUGGCCGUCACCAUGGUACAUUCCACAAAACUCCUGACACUUUUGUAACUGUGAUUGGCUGAACAUUUUAAUAAAGAACACUGAAUUAAAGUUUUCCUCCUUUUUUA